AUGCUGCUACGAGGCAAACUCUUAGCCACGCUCCAAGAACGAUUCCGCUCCUCUAAACUCGUCCCGAACUGGUCCGAGCCCUGGCGAGUCACCGAGAUCAAGGGACACAAAAUCGUCGCCCAAUCCAUCUGGCACAAAGACCUAGUCUACGAAUCCCCGCUGUCCGAGGUCCUCAAGGUCACACACUCACCGAUCGACCUCAGAACACUCACCGCACGGGAAGUCAACGCAGACCACACCCAGCACAUCCCUCUGGGGACUAAUCCACGCCACCGAGCAAACCCCUACGACCAACGACCCCGCGCCGCGCGUAGCGUCCGCAAGACAACUGAGAAGCCCCCUCGGACCCCGGCGGGACGAGGAAGAACAUCCCCAGACGCAGACACCGGGGAGGAUACCAACGAAGCAAGGUUCCACUUCGCCCUAGUGCCGCGGGCAUAA